CUCCCCUGCGAUUACGGAAGUAUCCCGCUCCUGCCCCACAUAACUUUGUGUCUUCAGUGCGGGGGACACCUUCUGCGGUCGCCAGGAUGACUGAGAAGGCAAAUCAUUUUCCACACUGAGACCACUUGAUCAAAGUCUGCUUUCCUUUGUUUUCCUCUCAGAACGAAGAGUUUGAGUUUCAAAAAAAAAAAUUUUAAGGCAAACACUGUCUUUGUCUAUUGCUUUGAGAAGUAAUUUGUCAGAGUGGCUGCUCUGUCCCAACAAGUCUGUCUACAGUGGCCUGUUUUGCACUUGACCAGUUCCGUGAGCCACCAUCUUCGGCGUUAUUAUUGCAAAGAAAGCACAGCUGAGAGCCACCAACUUUGGGUUUCUGCCUAGUGGCCUGAAAAUUCCAGUGUUAUUAUUGGUGGAGGCCACUUAUUUCCGAUUAAAAACUGUCUAGAAAUCCGACUCCUCAACCCAAAGGAAACCACAGAGUACCAUGGCCAAGCGAGUGGCAGUGAUUGGAGCUGGUGUGAGUGGCCUGUCCUCCAUCAAGUGCUGCUUGGAUGAGGACCUGGAACCCACCUGCUUUGAGAGAACUAACGACAUCGGGGGACUAUGGAAGUUUACUGAAACUUCUAAAGAUGGGAUGACCAGGGUCUACAGGUCAUUAGUGACAAAUGUCUGCAAAGAAAUGUCAUGUUAUAGCAACUUCCCCUUCCAAGAAGAUUAUCCCAAUUUCAUGAACCAAGGAAAAUUUUGGGACUAUCUCCAAGAAUUUGCUGAGCACUUUGACCUUCUGAAAUACAUUCGGUUUAGGACCACAGUGCGCAGUAUAACAAAGCGUCCAGACUUCUCCGAAACUGGCCAGUGGGAUGUUGUCACAGAGACAGAGGGGAAGCAGGAACGAGAUGUCUUUGAUGCUGUCAUGGUUUGCACCGGACAUUACCUAAAUCCCCGUUUACCCUUGGAGUCCUUUCCUGGUAUUCAUAAAUUUAAAGGCCAGAUCCUGCACAGUCAGGAGUAUAAGAGCCCAGAAGGCUUUCAAGGCAAACGCGUGUUAGUGAUCGGUCUUGGGAACACUGCAGGAGACGUAGCCGUGGAGCUGAGUCGGGUGGCAGCGCAGGUACUUCUCAGUACCAGGACUGGUGCCUGGGUUCUCCACCGCUCUUCAGAAGGGGGCUACCCACUUAAUAUGGUGAUUACAAGAAGAUGCCUUAAUUUUAUCACACAAGUUCUGCCCUCACGUGUACUAAACUGGAUUCAACAGAGGCAACUGAAUAAAAGAUUUAACCAUGAGAAUUAUGGAUUAAGUAUUACAAAGGGGAAAAUAUCAAAAUUCAUUGUGAAUGACGAACUGCCAACCUGUAUCCUUUGUGGGACAGUCACCAUGAAAACCGGCGUGAAGGAGUUUACAGAAACCUCCGCUCUCUUUGAAGAUGGAACGGUGGAAGAAAACAUCGAUACUUUGAUCUUCGCGACAGGAUACACAUUUUCUUUUCCCUUUCUCGAAGAACCUCUUAAGAGCCUCAGUACAAAGAAGAUAUUCCUAUAUAAGUGGGUCUUUCCUUCAAACCUAGAGAGAGCAACGCUAGCUCUCAUUGGCUUCAUCAGCCUUAAAGGAUCCGUCUUGGCGGGCACGGAGCUCCAAGCACGCUGGGCCACGAGAGUAUUCAAAGGACUCUGUCAGAUACCUCCAUCCCAGAAAUUGAUGGCCGAGGCUACUAAAAAGGAGCAGCUCAUAGAAAGGGGUGUGAUGAAAGACACCAGUGAAGACAAACUUGAGUUCAUUCAGUACCUGGAUGACCUUGCUGCAUCCAUAGGCGCCAAGCCCAGUGUCCCUCUUCUGUUCCUCAAGGAUCCCAGACUAGCCUGGGAAGUUUUCUUUGGACCGUGCACUCCUUACCAAUACCGCCUCGUGGGCCCUGGAAAAUGGGAUGGAGCCAGAAAUGCCAUCCUGACCCAGUGGGACAGGACACUGAAACCCUUAAAAACUCGAAUUGUUCCUGAUUCCACCAAGCCUGCCUCCAUGUCACAUUAUUUAAAAGUUUGGGGGGCACCUAUCCUCCUUGCCUCUCUUGUACUGAUCUGUAAACCAUUUUUUUUGAAAUCAGUACGAGAUAAUCUACAGGAUAGAAUUUCCCCUUAUCUAAUACGUAUUUGGUGAGGACGAAUCUCAUUAAUCACCGGAGUUGUGCCCAGCCACAUUAAUUCUAUCUCCAAAUACUCUGUGCCUCCCUCCUCUCCUCUCCUCUCCAUCUUAACUGCUAUCAUCCAAGCUCAGGUCCAGUCAGUUCUUAUCUGAAUUAUUGUACUAUCUUUCUCUGUAGUCUCAGUGCCUCCUUUCUUGCCUCCUUUUCCUAUCCAUACUCUACUCUGCUACCUAAGCAACUAUGCUAAAAUAAAAUUAGCAUCACUAUUGCCAUCAAGAUCUCGAUAGGAAUAAGACGACACUCAAAUUAGGUAAUUUGUGGACAUUUUGACACAGAGAUUAUUACAAAAGGUUUGGGCAGAGUGUAGGGAAAUCAUAGGGAUAAUAAAAUACUCCCAGCUAGUAACUGAGAUAUUUUUACCAUUCCUAGGCCUAAUAAGGCAAGAGGAGAAAACAAUCAUGAAUGAGAAAGAGAGAGACUUCUUUGUGGAGAGGGCCACCUCUCAAGGGUUACGAUCUUCAGCUGACAGAUGAAGGCAGUUUGUGGUGACCCCAAAAGUACAGAGCUUAGGAAUAAAUUCUCUAACUUUAUUUCCUUCUGUCCCUCUCAUCCCCUGCCCAUGCUUCCCAAUGGCCUAACCCAACCAAAAGUGAAAGGGCAAGGUUGCCGACUGUUGUAGAUUGAAUUGUGUCCCUCAAAAAGAUAUAUUCAAGUCCUAACCCGUGGUACCUGACCUUAUUCGGAAAUAGGAUCUUUGCAAAUGUCAUCGAUUUAAGAUGAGCUCAUGCCGCAGCAGGGCGAGCUAGAUCCCAUCUGACUGGUGUCUUAUAAAAGGAGAAGAAGACACACAGACAGAGACAUGGUAGAAAAUGCCAGGUGAAGACAGGCAGAGGUUGGAGCGAUGCACCCGCAAGGCUCGCCCAGACGGCAGCUAGGGGAGCGGCAUGAACGGAUUCUCCCGCAGAAACUCCAGAGGGAACCAACCCUGCCGACACCUGGAUUCCAGACUUCUAGCCUCCGAAACUGGGAGCGAAUAACCCACUUGGUUUGUGACACUUUCUCACGGCAAUCCUAGGGAACUGACAGACGGACCGAUGCCGUCCAUGGUGGUCAGCCUCCAACAGUGCAGACAGACAGCAAAGACCAUGGCAGGGCAGACAAAAAGGAUCCAGUGCAGACACGUGGCUUUCCAGUUUAAAAUCCUUGAAAGUGUCUCCUUCAUCAGAUAAUGGUCCAAAUUCCUUAGCCUGGAAAAGGAGACCCUUCGUGAUCUGCGCCCAUUUGCCUAAUGGCCAGAAUCCCAGCCCGCAGCUUCCCAGCCCCACUCCACCCCUACCCGCCAAUACCACCAGCCUCUGAACCGCACCGCACCUCCUCACUUCAGCGCAAGACAUUGCCUCCGCUGGGAAUGAAACUCCCGCUGUUUUUCGAGAGAGGGCUCAGUGAUCUCCUUCGGUGAAGCCUUCCCUGAAUCCUCAGAGCAGGGCUGACCCCCACUUUGUAAUGACUUCACCCCAUGCCCUGCUUUGUCAUUGCCCUUUCCUCACUGUCGCCUACACAGCUGACCCUCGAACGUCACAGGUUUGAAGGGAAUAGGUCUGCUCAUGCAUGGAUUUCUUUCCUCGAUAAAUACAGUAGAGCCCAUAAAUGUAUUUUCUCUUCCUUAUGACUUCCAUAGUAACACUUUCUUUCCUCUAGCUGAUUUUAUUGUAGGAAUACAGUCUAUCAUACAAAUAACACACAAUACACAUGUUAAUUGGCUGUGUUAGCAGCGAGGCUUCCGGCCGGCAGUAAGUUACUAGUACAACAGUACUGUUGAGUUUGGGGGGUGGGGGUUGUCAGAGGUUACACAGAUUUUUUGACUGUGCAGGGGUGCACUGAUUAUGGGGUCAACUGUAACGUUCUUUUUGAAUCUGUCUCCUAACGGCGACUUACUGAGAGGAACCGAAUCUUGUUCAGCUAAAACACUGCCUGACAUCAAGUGCUGCUAAAUAAAGGACUGUUGAUUAAACACGGCCUCACCCACUGACACUUCUUGUCUGUCCUCUUCUACCCACAUUCUUCCUCCUGCCAACAGGAGACAUUUCCUCAGAUGACCUCAGGCAUGUAAAUGAACAAGGACAGUCCACCAACAGCAAGCAAUCCAAAUGGCAACUGGAGUAAACUACAGUAACGGGGACCCCUGGGUAGUGGUUGAAAGCACGAAGUCUAGAAUUGGAUCUGGAUUAUAGCCCCAGUUCUACACUAGCGGGGAGGGCUUGGCCAAGUGACUCUCUGACCCUCAGUAUCCUCAUCCGGAAGAUGAGGAAAAAGUGCACAGCAGACAAUAUAGGGUUUUAGAUACACAGUUAUUUGACCAUUAAUAGCUGAAGAGUCUGAAGACAGAAAGAAUUUGAAACCAACACUAGCUUUUUUCCCUUUUGCCUCAUCAGAAAACAUGGCCUGGGGUCUCCAUGAAUUCUCUGGUAGCACUUUCCAGCUAGGAUCACUCUUUUGUCCUUGUGACCCCCACCAAAUCCCUGAGGCCCACUGCCACCACCACAACUGCCACCACCACCACAGCCAUCCAUGUCCUCCCAGAUGGACCUUCCAGAAUGCAACAGGUAAACAUCAGCCAAGGAGGAAUUGUUCUCAGUCAUUAGGAGUGGAGCUUCUGACAUGACUUGUUGAUGAGUCUAGCUUUUUAUUAACAUCACCCAGUAGAAGAGACACCUAACUCCAGAUCUUCAAAUCCAACUAAAAGUGACCCACUGAAGCAAUGUCACGUUUAGUCAUCUGUGCCCAAGCUCUUGAGGAAGAAAGCAGAGCUGCGAUGUGUUUAUUAGCUCAUUACAUGAUACAAUGUGGUGAAUUUUUCCACAUAUUAAUUUUUAGAUGAGAAAUCACACUCAGAGAAGUUAAGUACUUUUCUCUGGGUCACAGAACAGAGAUUUGAAGCCAAACAUAUGCAACCCUAAUGCCCAGCCCUGCUCACCAGUGGCCUUGAGAGCGAACACCUCCAUUCACUGCUUACCACCUUGAUUUGCUUUAUGGAAGAAGCUCCAAGCCAGACACCUCCUUCCUACACCGUGAAUAGACUUCUAAAUUCCGAGCUCAUCACAUGCCAUGACCCCAGUUCUUGAAAAACAAGAUGCGUCAUGAAAAAGUCACCGCAAGUAAACCAUUUUAAAUGGGAAUCGAAAUUUCAUAGUAAAUAGUCCGGGCAACCUAUUUGGGUUUUAUGAUGAUGGGAACUUGAGAAAUAAAGCCAGAAAUUAUAAAAA